AGGAUUUCUGGACUGCUGUGAACUCUGAGUGGCGAUUUGUCUUUCUGUGACAGGCAGCAUGGCCAAAGCCAGAACAGAAGAAGAAUUGAGAAUUCUGCUCGUUGGCAAAACCGGAUGCGGGAAAAGCGCAACGGGAAACACUAUCCUGGGGGCUGAGAAAUUUAAAAGCACAUGUUCUUCUGAUUCAACAACCAAGGACUGCCAAAGAAGAGAAGCCACUGUAGAUGGCAGGACAAUUGUUGUUGUGGACACACCUGGGUUCUUUGAUACAACAACUAAGAAACACUUUACGCGAGAAGAGCUGAAGAAGUGCGUUGGUAUGGUCUAUCCUGGACUCCACGCUAUCCUUGUUGUGAUAAAAGUGGGCAUGAUCAGAAAGGAGGACCAGGAAACAUUUCAGCAAGUGAAAAGCCUCUUCAAGGGUGAAGGAAAGAAGCAUCUGAUUCUUUUAUUCACCUAUAAAGAUGAGUUAGACAGGAAUGGUUCAACCAUAGAGAAGUUCUUAGAAGGCGCUCAGGGGCACCUGAAGGAUCUGAUUGAGAUGUCCAAAAGACGAUUGAUUGCUUUUAAUAAUGUGGCUGAUAGAGAAGAAAAGGAGAUUCAGGUGAAGGAGCUCAUUGAGAUGAUUGAUGGCUUGGUGGAACUCAAUGGCAGUACACCAAUGUACACCGCAGAACAAUUUGCAAAGGACAGCUCUUGGUGGAGUUGGCUUAAGUCUUGGUGGAGUUAAGGCUUAAGUUAUUGUAAGUUUUAGUCUGCUGCAAAUGGAUUUAUUAUGCAC